GAGCCGCCAAAUACGUAACAGCUGGUGGCAACGGUGACGGCGGUUGGAGCGCACGUUGGCGGUGACCUUGGCGUCCAGUUUGUGUGGCCUCCUCGGACGGACGCGGCCUCGUUCUGGAUGCUUUGCUCGUCUUCGUCUCACGGAACGCAGCCGCCAGAGCCCGUGAGGGACAAGAGCGGGGCAUUUUCACACGCCCUCAUCAACACCGUCAACAAAUGGUUCAAUCGGCGCUCGGAGCUGCUGCAGGUGUCCAAUGGUUACCCGCGUCGUUGGACGGCGUUCGUGUCCCUGGUGGCCGAGCUCUUACUGCAACCGAGGCGGCAAAACUGUGUCGCUCGCGAUGUCUCGUUCCUCGCCACGUUGCUCUGCAACAGUUGCCUCGUCAUUCUACAUCCACCAAUGCUAGGCAACGACAGGCAGAUGGAGUGACUGCGAUAGGUGCUGACUGCUGCCGGCUCAGCCGUGCAGAGGACCGUCCAUGGCUUAUGCACAUCCUGACUCGGCGCAUGCGCAACGCCUCCGUGCUGUCGAUUGUCUCGGUUCAGGCACGCCAAACGCUGCUACAACUGAUCGAGCUGCACGCCUCCGGGUGGCAGCUGAGUGCACCGCACGCUCUGUACUACCAUGGCCCGCUUGUGCAACCGGGCUUCCUUUAACUAGAAGCUGGCGCCAAGAGGAGCACAGGAGCAGCCGCGGGCGGUCAACACUCGGGCACUGCCGCUGCCUAUUACCGCUUCUGAGAUGUGAACACCUCAGUAAAAGCGCGCGGAUUGCCUCCGUGGCAGCCUCCAGCCUACCCUACUCUUCUGUAAUAAUACCGUCAACUACAAGAAUUGUCCU